UCUCUGUGAUAUCACCUCACCCCACCACCCUUCAUCUUUCUCUCCUUUACUGCAGACUAACAAGAAGAAGAAAAAUGUCUACAAGGACACUUUCAGUCCUUUUCCUCUUCUUCUCCUCACUUCUAACCCCACAAUUCGUGUUCCCUUCCCCAGCUUCGGAUCCUGAGCUAGUGGUACAAGAAGUACACAGGAGCAUCAAUGCCUCCAGGAGGAACCUUGCCUUCCUAUCAUGUGGAACCGGCAACCCCAUCGACGAUUGCUGGCGGUGCGACCCCAACUGGGAGAGGAACCGCCAGAGGUUAGCUGACUGUGCUAUUGGGUUUGGGAAGGACGCUAUUGGAGGACGAAAUGGAAGAUUUUACGUGGUCACUGACUCAGGUGAUGAGGAUGCUGUGAACCCAAAGCCUGGUACUCUCAGGCAUGCAGUGAUUCAAGAUGAACCCUUAUGGAUUAUUUUCAAUAGAGAUAUGGUGAUUCAGCUGAAACAACAACUUGUGAUGAAUUCCUUCAAGACUAUUGAUGGUAGAGGUGCUAGUGUUCACAUUUCUGGAGGACCAUGCAUUAUCAUUCACUAUGUAACCAAUAUCAUCAUCCAUGGAUUACACGUACAUGACUGUAAGCAAGGAGGGAAUGGUCAAAUCAGAGAUUCUCCUGACCACUAUUCGUCGUGGAGUAAAUCCGACGGUGAUGGGAUUUCCAUCCUCGCUAGCAAGCAUAUUUGGGUUGAUCAUUGCUCGCUCUCUAAUUGCUAUGAUGGUCUCAUUGAUGUCACCCGUGGAUCUACAGCCAUCACUCUCUCUAACAACUACUUCACUCAUCAUGACAAGGUCAUGCUCUUGGGCCACAGCGACUCGUUUACUCAAGACAAGGACAUGCAAGUUACUAUUGCCUUUAAUCAUUUUGGAGAAGGGCUGGUGCAGAGAAUGCCAAGGUGUAGGCAUGGAUAUUUUCAUGUGGUGAACAAUGACUAUACCCACUGGGAAAUGUAUGCCAUUGGAGGCAGUGCUUCCCCUACCAUCUACAGCCAAGGGAAUAGAUUUCUUGCGCCUGAUGACAGCUCUAAGAAAGAGGUGACCAAACACGAGCAUGCACCAGAGAGCGAGUGGAGGAACUGGAACUGGAGGUCGGAGGGAGACUUAAUGGAGAACGGUGCCUUCUUCCGGCAAACAGGAGCAGAAGCUUCUUCAAGCUAUGCUAGAGCUUCUAGCCUGAGUGCAAGACCAUCUUCUCUUGUGGAUUCAAUAACCAGAACUGCUGGUGCACUUAACUGCAGGAAGGGUUCUCGUUGCUAGCUAGAAUUAAUUAAUUAAUUAGUUAAUUAAUAAUAAAAAAAAAAGAAUAUGAAGAUCACUAUUCAUUAGGCCUUAAAUUCAAUGUUGUUCUUUGUCUCUUUACAAUGUUUCUUUCCCUCGAAGGAAGGAAAAAAAAUGUUUCUACUGAAUCAAACAUGUAGGCUUAUAAUUUA